AUGGAUGUUGGUGCCACGCAAUCGGUACCAGACUGGCAAUCGCCUUUAAUAAGCUCUUCUACUAUUCCGAAAGUCAUCGCGACAGGAAGGCCACAAGAGAAUGAAGAUUACCCAGAAAACUUCUUUCGAUGUGCAAAGUGGUGUCCAGAUGGCACUCGUGCCCUUGGACAAUGCGAAGAUAGAUCACUGCAGAUGCUACAACCACCGACAGAAGUCGUAGAAAGCACCAUGCAGAGCCUUCCACUUCAUGUCAAUUCCGUAUUCCGACAACCUUCCCCUAUUCUCGACUUUGCAUGGUACCCAGGUGCAAACGCCUCAAAUCCUGCAUCGUAUUGCUUCCUAGCUUCCGUCAGAGAAUGUCCCGUCAAACUGUUGGAUGCCGCGGACGGUAGGCUUCGAGCAUCAUACAAAAUAAUAGAUCAUCGUGAGCGACAGGUCGCGCCGCACUGCCUUGCAUUCAAUAGCUUUGCAACUCACUUAUACUGUGGCUACGAAGAUGCAAUCGAAGUUUUUGACUUCCAGCGACCCGGAGAAGGCACGAAGAUAGCUACAACUCCAUCAAAGAAGAGUCGGGAUGGGAUGAAAGGUAUCGUAUCGUCAAUCGCCUUCUGCCCGGAUUAUAGUGGAUUAUACGCUGCGUCGAGUCUUGCCUCUGCGAUUUCACUCUUUUCGGAGACAACAGGCGAAGACCCAGUUGCGUAUCUCGAUGGUAUGACGGCUCCUAUCAUGCAAGUGAAGUUUGACUCCGCGCGACCACAUAUUCUGUAUGCUUCCCAGCGGCGCUCAGACGAGAUUCUCUGCUGGGAUGUGCGCGAGCCUCUCGAAGUUUUACGACGCUUUACACGUGCCAGCUCGAGCACGAAUCAGAAACUGCUUUUUGAUAUUGACCCAGCAGGUCACUGGCUAGCUACUGGAGACGAGAACGGUGAUAUCUCAAUCUUUGACCUGUAUUCGGAGGAGACUGAACCAGCGUUGAAGUUCAAAGCUCAUGAUGACUCCAUAGGCUCUGUUGCCUUUAACUCUGUCGAUGCGACACUUCUCUCGGUGUCUGGCUCACGGCACUUCAAUUCCACUCCGAUUGGGUCUCCUUCCGCCACCACCAGCAGCGACUCAGAAGACACGUCCGAGUCAGAGGACGAUCUUGGACAGAAGUAUUAUAUUACGUGCCGACGUCAGCCCAGACGUCCAUAUCCUAUGGAUUCUUCUGUGAAGUUAUGGAAAUUCAACGCCGGAAUAGAGGAAGCCAUGCAAGUUGGCACAAACAAUCAAGACGAGGUUAUGGAUCACUGAGCUGGUAUCAUUCGUAUCUAUAUAACUCGUUACAUGAUUGGUCUGGUAUACAUGAUGAAUAACGUUCCAAGUCCUUCCUACUUGUCCUCAAAUGUCCAUCUUCGUAGCGAAGUCAGCAAAGAUCAAACAACGACCCGGUCUACAAGAGGGUCAUCUCUCGAACAGCAGCGUCCGCCGACAGAGCCUUGUGGAACAAAUGGACUUCUCUCUUUGACAAUACCCAGUUCUCAGCGCCAACCUGUUGAUCUUUAGGAAGGUCUGGGACGCCUUCCUUCGGUUGUACAGCUUUCGACGGUGGAGUGAUAGGGAAGCCCGACGACCCGGAGCUAGUCCCGGAGCUCGCAUCUGCAGCCGC